AUGCUUGCCCCCGCGCCGUGGCCCGUGUCGCAGGACGUCGCCGCGCUCGCCGACCGCGCCAGCGCCCUCUCCCGCGCCGCCGCCGGGCCCCGGAACCCGCUGGGGGCCCUCGCGGCGGCGCUCCACCGGAUCCAGCCCGUAGCCCGCGAGCUCGAGCGCUGGAGGUGGCUCACGCCCGGCGAUCCUGAGGUGCCCGACCUGCACGCCUGGCUCUUCGAGCUCAGGAACGCGGUGGCCGACGCCGAGGACAUCCUAGACGAGCUCCACAGCCGGCGCCAGGUCGGCCCCCCGCUCUCAGCCUGCGUGUACGCCACGUUCCGUGGCCCCGGACGGAAGCUCAGGCGACUGGCGGAGAGGCUCGACCGCGCCCGCGACGAUUCGGAGCGGCUGCGACCUGGCAGGGCCAGCGCCGCGGCGGGAUGCGGUGUGCGGUCGCCGAACCGGGUAACCGGCUCCGUGCUCGCGGAGCGGAAGGUAUUCGGGCGUGGGGAGGAGUGCGACUCCAUAGUCGCCAGGCUCGUCGAUGAUUGCGAGGAAACGUGCCGUUCGGUUGCUCCGGUUGUUGCAGUGGUUGGCCAUGGAGGCGUCGGCAAGACCACGGUUGCUCAGUGCGUGUACAACGAUGCGAGGAUUGAAGCGCGGUUCGGUAUGAGAGCUUGGGUCUGCGUCUGGGAUAGAUCAGAUGAGGUGGAGCUCACCAGGGAGAUACUACAGUCCAUUGGCUGUGCAGAUGAUGCACCGUGUGAUGAUGGUCUUUCCAGUUUAGAUAGUUUGCAGGAGGAGCUUGAGAAAUUGGUUGCAUCUAAGAGGUUCCUCCUGGUACUUGAUGAUGUUUGGAUUGAUGAGGGUAAAACCGAGAAAGAGAAUAGGAGCAUGUGGAAGAAAGUGUUGGCGCCACUUAGAUCUGCGGCAAUCGGGAGCAAGGUCUUGGUGACCACUCGGAUGAAGCUAGUAGCUGAGGUUCUGAAUGCGGCUCAUGUGGUUUCUCUUGACAGGUUAAGAAGCAGUGAUUGCUGGUUGCUGUUGAAGGAAGUUGCUUUGGGUGGGCAACCCAUGGAUUUUCCACCCGAGUUGCAAGAGAUUUUAGGAGCUAUUGUUGCGAAUGUUAAGGGAUUACCUUUAGCUACUAAAGCUAUUGGGCAAAUGAUAAGUAGCACCAGGAGCACAAGGAAAUGGAGAGCACUGAUGAACACAGAAAUUAGUGAUAAUAUCAUUAUCUCCUCCCUCCAACUCAGUUACCAACAAUUGCCGGGUCACCUCCAGCGCUGCUUUGCAUAUUGCAGCAUAUUUCCAACGACCUGGAGGUUUAAUCGCUAUGAUUUGGUCAAAAUGUGGAUGGCUCUCGGUUUCAUUCAACCACCAACAGAUGAAGGGAAAGGGAUGGAAGAUUUAGGGCAAAAAUACUUCGAUGAUCUUCUAUCACGGUCCUUCUUUGGGACUGCAAAUAAAGACCAGCAAACGUAUUACUUCCUGGAUGACCUAAUGCACAGUUUGGCACAGCAUUUCUCCGCUCAUGAUUGCAUGAAAAUUAAUGAGGAUGUUCCUGUUGUGAUUCCACCAACAGUUCGUCACCUGUCUAUCUCAACUGAUUAUUUACCACAGCUGAAGAGCAAAUACAGGCUGGGAAGGCUGCGGACAUUGUUAGUUCUCAGAAGCCCAUCAUUAUCCUCAAGUCAUUUUCCUAGGAAACUUUUGGCCAAAUUUAAGAACUUGAGGGUUCUGGAUCUUAGUGAAUCAGAUAUUGCAGAAUUACCUGAAACCAUCAGUCAGUUGGUUCAUCUCCAUUACCUAGCUUUCAGUGGUAUAGCUAACAAACUUCCCAAGAGUAUAUACAGGCUUAAACAACUUGAGGUGCGUGACAUACCUAUAUUGUUGUUCCACGAUAAUCAUCUUGGCCGUGUUAGCAAAUUCGUUACAAUUAAACAUCCAAAACAUGCUGUGGAGUAA